GGUGGUCUGGCCCGACGAGCGCGAGGCUGAGGUGGUGGCUGCGGUCCUUGAUAAGUAAGCGAGUCCAGGGGAACACUCGUCGCUGGGUUGGCAAGACCCGGGAACCCCCAGUCCCCGUAGAGGCGUGGCGGCAAGGUGCCGGCGGGUCGGUCCUGCCUCCUAGCUCACAAAGGGGAAACUGAGGCCCUCGGAGCCUCUUCUCACCCGCGACUCCACUCACACCAUGGCUGAACCGCUGAAGGAAGAGGACGGCGAAGACGGCUCUGGGGAGCCCCCUGGGCGGGUGAAGGCAGAGCCCGUCCACACCACGGCCUCUGUCGUGGCCAAGAACCUGGCCCUGCUCAAAGCCCGUUCCUUCGACGUGACCUUUGACGUGGGGGACGAGUACGAGAUCAUCGAGACCAUAGGCAAUGGGGCCUAUGGGGUGGUGUCCUCGGCGCGCCGCCGCCUCACGGGCCAGCAGGUGGCCAUCAAGAAGAUACCCAAUGCUUUUGACGUGGUGACCAAUGCCAAGCGGACCCUCAGGGAACUGAAGAUCCUCAAACACUUCAAGCAUGACAAUAUCAUCGCCAUCAAGGACAUCCUGAGGCCAACGGUGCCCUAUGGAGAGUUCAAAUCUGUCUAUGUGGUACUGGACCUCAUGGAGAGCGACCUUCACCAGAUCAUCCAUUCCUCACAGCCACUCACACUGGAGCACGUGCGCUACUUCUUGUACCAGCUGCUUCGGGGCCUCAAGUACAUGCACUCUGCCCAAGUCAUCCACCGUGACCUUAAACCCUCCAACCUUCUGGUGAAUGAGAACUGCGAGCUCAAGAUUGGUGACUUCGGAAUGGCCCGUGGCCUGUGCACCUCCCCUGCUGAGCACCAGUACUUCAUGACCGAGUACGUGGCCACUCGCUGGUACCGCGCCCCUGAGCUCAUGCUCUCCCUGCAUGAGUACACACAGGCUAUUGACCUCUGGUCUGUGGGCUGCAUCUUUGGGGAGAUGCUGGCUCGGCGACAGCUCUUCCCGGGCAAAAACUAUGUGCACCAGUUACAACUGAUCAUGAUGGUGUUGGGAACCCCAUCGCCAGCUGUGAUUCAGGCUGUGGGGGCUGAAAGGGUGCGGGCCUAUAUCCAGAGCCUGCCACCACGGCAGCCUGUGCCCUGGGAGACGGUAUACCCAGGUGCUGACCGCCAGGCCCUCUCAUUGCUGGGCCGCAUGUUGCGAUUUGAACCCAGUGCCCGGAUCUCAGCUGCUGCUGCCCUUCGUCACCCCUUCCUGGCUAAGUACCAUGACCCUGAUGAUGAGCCCGAUUGUGCCCCACCUUUUGACUUUGCUUUUGACCGUGAAGCCCUUACCAGGGAGCGCAUUAAGGAGGCCAUUGUGGCUGAGAUUGAGGACUUCCAUGCCCGACGGGAGGGCAUCCGCCAACAAAUCCGCUUCCAGCCUUCUCUGCAGCCUGUGGCUAGUGAGCCUGUGUGUCCAGAUGUUGAGAUGCCCAGUCCCUGGGCUCCAAGUGGAGACUGUGCCAUGGAGUCACCUCCUCCGGCACCACCACCAUGCUCUGGCCCUGCGCCUGACACUGUUGAUCUGACUCUUCAGCCUGCACCCCCAGCCAGUGAGCUUGCCCCACCAAAAAGAGAGGGUGCCAUCUCUGACAAUACCAAAGCAGCCCUCAAAGCUGCCCUGCUCAAGUCCCUGAGGAGCCGGCUCAGAGAUGGCCCCAGUGCACCCUUGGAGGCACCUGAACCUCGGAAGCCUGUGACAGCUCAGGAACGCCAGCGAGAGCGAGAAGAGAAGCGUAGAAGGCGGCAAGAGAGAGCCAAGGAGCGGGAGAAGCGACGACAAGAGCGGGAGCGCAAAGAAAGGGGGGCUAGUGCCUUGGGGGGCCCCUCUACUGACCCUCUGGCUGGACUGGUGCUUAGUGACAAUGACCGAAGCCUGCUAGAGCGGUGGACUCGCAUGGCUCGGCCUCCUGCCCCAGCCCCAGCCCCAGCCCCAGCGCCAUCCCCUGCCCAAUCCACGAGUCCUCCCACUGGCCCUGUAUCCCAGUCCACUGGUCCUCCUCUACAGCCUGCAGGCUCUAUUCCUGGUCCUGCCUCCCAGCCUGUUUGCCCACCCCCUGGCCACGCUCCCCAGCCUUCUGGCCCUCCUGGACCUGUCCCUGCCCCACUCCAAACUGCCCCUUCCACUAGCCUUCUGGCCUCUCAGUCACUUGUGCCAACUGGUGGGUUGCCUGGCUCCAAUGCCCCAGAAGUUCUGCCUUACUUCCCAUCUGGCCCACCACCUCCAGAUCCUGGGGGAGCCCGUCAGCCUUCUACGUCAGAGUCACCUGAUGUCAACCUGGUGACCCAGCAACUAUCCAAGUCUCAGGUGGAAGACCCCCUGCCUCCUGUGUUCUCAGGCACUCCAAAGGGCAGUGGGGCUGGCUAUGGUGUUGGCUUUGACCUGGAGGAAUUCUUAAACCAGUCGUUCGAUAUGGGUGUGGCUGAUGGGCCACAAGAUGGCCAGGCAGACUCAGCUUCACUCUCAGCCUCCCUCCUUGCUGACUGGCUUGAGGGCCACGGCAUGAACCCUGCUGACAUCGAGUCUCUGCAGCGAGAGAUCCAGAUGGAUUCCCCAAUGCUGCUGGCCGACCUGCCUGACCUCCAGGAGCCCUGAAACCCACAGCUUGUGCCUUGCUGCCAGGAGAGACCCAGCUUCAAGGUCCAGGGAUGCAAUCCAGAGGCCUGCAGCCUUGGCACUGGCAGGUGAGGCUCAGCCUGAGUCACUCUGCAGGUUCAUCUCAGACCCACCUUUCAGCCUUAAGCAGCCAUCUGAGCCACCACCGAGCCAUAACAGGAUUGGGAGGCUCUACUCCCCCUGAGCAGUCGUCUUCAGUAUUGUAUUUUUAUUGUUGUAAUAUGCAUUUGUUUUGCCAUCAAAAUAAGGUCUGUGAAUUACAAGGUUUCCUUUAACCUGA